AUGUAUACUGGAGAUUUCUCCUUCCUUCAUCCCUCCAGGCUCUAUUUUGAGCAGUCCAACUCGUUGAUACCUCUGGGCACUACCUUCAACAAGUCUCAGUACGAUCCAUAUCUCCUCGUCUCUUUCACUUUCAUAAACUCCCCUCCGAAGCACUGCUUGGAUGGCAGCCAGGCCAGGCCCAGAGUGUUGGAUGCCUUCAGUAUCAGGGAUUUCCUCCGUGUUCAUCAGAGAGAUCAUUACCUCUCCAUGAACGGAGUAACUAAUCGAGAUACUACACUCAGCGUCGAGAACCACGGCAAGGUCAUACGUCGCCAUGGCUUCGUCGACGACGACUUGUGCCCCUAUGAUCGACGCCCAGGACCAGUUAUUGCACUUCUCCUCUCCCAAAUCAAAUCUCGUAACAGCCCCGUCCGCCACAUGCCUGCUAGAUACUGA